AUGGAUGACAUGACGAUGCGUCUUGACGGCUUGACUAGCAAUAGCCCUGCUGGACUUGGAAUUACGCUGCCAUGCGAUAAUUCGGCGGUCGCCAGCGUCACUUCCGGUAUGGAAAACAUAUCGACCAAAAUUCUCGAAAUCAUAUAUGAACAUGCUCUCAACAAGUUCGAUGAUUCGAAAGAGCGCCUAGCUGCCGGGACGGUGAAAUUUCUUACCGUGAUCGACCGAUUCGUCCAAGCAGGCGAACGUGUCGAGACAUGUUUGCCAGCCUUUCCUUUCAAGUCGGCCAACAAAGUUUACAAAGUGCUCGGAUCCCUACCAGACAAGGCGGAAGAACUAGCGCUCCAACGGCUGAACCACAUGUGCGCAAGGAUAAAGGAUGUUUACAAGCCAGGAGCGAGAGUUACUAUCAUCUCAGAUGGCAUAACCUACAACGAUCUUCUCUCGAUAUCAGAUCGUGAGACAUGGGCUUAUGGCGAGUCUCUGCGUCGAAUGGCGACGGAAAAGAAAUUCACAUAUAUUGCCUUUUCCCGACUGAAAGACAUACUCGAUUUUCCAGGCCUACCAGACGAGCUGCGAGAGAUAACAUAUGUCGCCAAUUGCACGAACUUCAGACGCCUGCUUCUCAACAGAUACGGGAGACCUGAUAUCGAUAUCGACAAGGAAAUCAGAGAGAAUGCAGACACGAGAUUGACUUAUCUCGGCUACCGGAAGUUUCUUGAGUCUGAUCUGAAGCACAUAUUCGCGCUCGGAGAGAACCGCGGCAGUAAUCAGUACAAGAGAGACGUCAAGUAUCUCGCGAAACAGAUGCUAUACAGAGGAUACGCAUAUGCUGGAGCUGUUAAAGAAGCAUAUCCUUAUCACCUUAGACUCUCGAUACACGAAUCGAUUGGCGAUCAUAAGAUAUCGAUUAGUUUGCUGGACACGAAAACAGGUUACACAACACCAUGGCAUUGCAGUGUAGCCUUGCUGACCAACGGAGACUGGGUGAGCGCACCUGCGGGUGAGUUCCGAAAGGACUCACGGCUCGAGCUCAUUCACGAGAACGGACGGCCCAGCCACUUCAAAGAACAAAGACUGCAGGGAUCUGAUAUACCAUGGAUCAAUGAGGCAAACGCCAGCUAUCUACAAGCUCGGACGCCCUUCAAUGGUACACGAAGUGGCUAUUCCUCGCCCAGUGCGACGUCCAUUGUCAGCGGCAUGUCUACGCCACCGACAUCCUUUGGGACAUCUCCCCCACAUUUAUCACUCUCUCCACCGCACUCUUCUCCCGAUACCAAGCUUCCAGAGACGCUACAAAUGAAUGGCAUCGGAAGUGAGCCAGCCUAUGGUCACCGGCUCAUACCCCAGAUCAUGGACCAACUCGCCAGAAAUCAACCUGACAAAAUUGUUUUUUCAAUUGCCAAACCUUCAGAUUCAGGCCUUGAGCUUCGGGACAUCUCAGCGCAUGCUUUUGCGAAAGCAGUAGACAAGACAGCAUGGUGGCUUCGUGACCAGGUCGGCGAGUCGCCAUCUGUGCGACCUGUGGGCUACAUCGGCCCUCACGACCUCCGGCACAUCCUGAUCACCUAUGCCUGUGUGAAGGUUGGCUACGCUGCGCUCUAUCUUUCGCCCAAGAACAGCACAGAGGGGGCUUUAUCUGUGCUAGAAGCAACAGAGUGUGAUAUCUGGGCUAAAGCACGUGAAGUGGAAGCAGCUCCUCUUGUGAAGGACGUUCUAGAGAAACGCCCGAUGAAGUUACUCGAGCUACCAUUACUUGACGAACUUCUGGAUGCGGGCGAUGUCGAAUACUACCCUUACAUCAAGGCUUUUGCCGCAGCUGCUACAGAACCCUUCUGUUAUCUUCACACGUCCGGUUCGACGGGGUCACCAAAACCGAUCCCGUGGUCUCACGGAUUGAUCGGGACGAUGGAUGCAAUACGCUUACUUCCACACGUUGAUGGCGACGAUGGCUUAGUGCCGUGGACGUCGGACUGGAGAGAGGGAGACCGAAUCUACUCCUCUUUUCCCAUGUGCCACGGCGCUGGGAUCAUCAUGGAUAUACUCUUGCCAGCUCUUUUCGGUCUAACCUGCGUAUUAGGUCCUGAGAGCACUAUUCCCAACAUCUCACUCCUAGAAACUCUUGCCGAUCAUGCCAAGAUCGACAUCUGGAGCAUGGUACCAUCGCUUGUCGAUGAGCUAGGAGAGACGCCUGAUGUUUUGGCCAAAUUCCAGUCUUCUAAGUUUAUCUGCGCAUCAGGUGGGCCGGUAAGCCCUGUUAGCGCUGGCAAAGUCAAUCACAUCAUCAGAGUACUCAAUUUGACCGGGACGACAGAAGGUCUUUUCAUCGGCAAUCUCGUCGUGGAGCGAGAGGAUUGGUUCUGGUUCGCUUUCCAUCCUUACUCCGGCUUCGAGUUCAAGGAAGUGGAGCCAGGUAUCUAUGAGCAUUGGGUCAAUCGAAACGAACAUGCCUCCCUGUUUCAAGGCAUCUUCCAUACAUUUCCAGACAAGGACUCCAUCAACUUCAAGGACCUGUAUAAGCGGCAUCCAACCAAGCCCAAUCUCUGGGCUUUUACCGGUCGUAACGACGAUCUUAUUGUUCUUUCUAGUGGAUAUAAGAUCCUGCCUCUGGAGUUUGAAGCAUCUGUCAGUACUCAUCCCGCGAUUGACGGAUGUCUCGUCAUAGGUAGCAACAAGCUGCAGGCUGGUCUUCUCAUCGAGUUGAAGAACCAAGUAGCCAAGACGGACGACAUAAUGGAGAGUAUAUGGACUAAGAUUGAGGAAAGCAUCCUAUGCUCACGACAAAACGUACGUCUAUCCCGUGACUAUGUCUGCUUUGCACAGCCAGACAAACCCUUCGUUCGGACAGACAAAGGGACGGUCAAGCGACGAGCUACUUUACUCCUUUAUGAAGACUACAUCGAAAGGUUCUACAGCGCUCGCAGUACUGAGACUUCUUUCGUUGUCGAUAUUAGCUCUGCAUCGACAAUGCAGAGAUCAGUGCGUGGAAUUCUCGCUUCAUCACUCCCACCGAUCCAAUCUGCUUCUCCAGAUGAUGACCUAUUCGAACUCGGCCUCGAUUCAUUAGGGGUAUCGGCCGCUAUCAAUGCCAUCCGAGCAGCGGUCAAGUGUCUAGACAAACUCGCCCCUCGCCAUCUCUACGCAAGUCCCACUUUGGCCAGCUUCACCACUGCUCUCCAUCUAAUGGUCGUUCAAGCGCAAGAUGCUGGUAACACAAAGCCUAGUGCCAAUGAUCGAGAAGGGAACAUGCAGCGCAUGAUUGCGCAGCGAAGAGUAUGGCAGUCUUUUCAAUUAAACCCUUUCGACUAUGUCAACCCGAACCAUUACAUGGGGCUGGUAUUUUACUUUCCCCUUCGAGAAGGCAUUACAUUCGAAGAGGCAUUCGCAAACAUGCAAGCAGGACUUAAUCGAACAUUUGAACUCAUACCAGCAUUAGGCGGCAAGAUGAUGACAUGCUCCAGAGACGAGAUCGGAUACACCAAAGGCGAUCUCUGCGUGUCUGUACCACCCUUCGGCCAACCAGCUCGCGAUCGUUUAGUCUACAAGGACCUAUCCGAUGUGCUUCCGGCAUUCGAGAACCUGCGAAGCGAUGGAUUUGUGCCAUCAGCCUUUAAAGACGAGCUGGUUCUGCGACAAGACACUUUCCCGCAGCUUCCCGCGGAUAUACUCGUUGCGCAGGUCAACUUUGUCAAAGGUGGAUGCAUCCUUGCUGUCGAUCUAAACCAUUGCUGUUUGGACGGUGUGGGGGCUAUUAUCGCGAUAAAAGCAUGGGCUGAGAAUUGCAGGUAUCUGCAAGGCGACACGUCAGCAACUUGUUCAUGGUACGACACAGAGAGCUUCAAUCACAGCCUUCCAGAGGUUCUGCAUGAGCUGGAGGGAUACGCGCGUCCAGCAGAAGAGGUUGAUCUCGAUGUUUGGGGCAUGCUACCCUUCAUCCCGUCAGCUGAUAUUCUCGAAAGGCAUGCUUCAAAACGAUCCGAACCUCUGGGCCGGCCACUAAGCUACCCGCUGCACUCAGUAUGGCCGUUGCCCUGUGCAGAGCGGAAGAUGGACACUACUCUAUUCCUGAUCCCAUCUGAGAAGGUCGAAGUACUCAAAACGAACGUCAUGCGCGAUCCUGAAGCCAGUGGGGCCAUCAUAUCGAUCAGCGACAUCAUCCAAGCCUUCUUUUGGCGUUCAGCCCUACGUGCACGAUAUGCCGUAGCCAAAGCUGCUGGCCGAGAGUUCAAACCUGACGACCACUCUAUCCUCGAGUUGCCAACAGACGGGCGCCCUUACUUCUCGUCACUCCUACCUACAUCAUACAUGGGCAGCUUACUCACCCUGAACCGGACAAGCAUGUCGUUAGAAGAACUCUGCGCCCCAACCACGAGUAUCGCACACAUAGCACAAGUACUUCGCACAUCUGCUGCACGCAUGACACCAGGGCUUGUUCACGAUGCAUUCACACUCCUCCAAUCACUUCCCGACCACUCACGCUUCUCGACCGCGAACAUGGGUCUUGACCACAUGCAUGCCAUGAUCUCAAACAUGAUAUUGUUUGAGAUGAAAGAGAUCAAUUUUGGCAGCACCUACUUUGGUAAUGAGGGAAGUCCAGAGAGUAUGAGGCCGCAGCUAGAGCGCGGAAAUGGGAGGUUUAGAUUUCUGGUUGUGUUUCCGCUAAAGAGCGAUGGGAGUGUGGAAUUAGUCAUGGGGACCUUUCCAGAGGAGAGGGAGAUGCUGGCGGCGGAUCAUGAGUUUACAAAGUAUGCACACUGCGACAGCGCCAUGAAAGACCUCACGACUGAUCUAUGGGCCAACAGCGCACGCGAUCGAUACAGAAGGACUAUUACAACGACUCAAGUCAAACUUGAGACCCUGCAACCGCUCCCGCCGAAGAAGUCGUCCACGCACGUUGAGAACCGUUUCCGAGGCAGCAUGGCGACCCACGAGCAAUACAUAUUGCACGUAACAGCAGGCGCAACAUACGACACCUCAAAACACCAAGAUGUACUUGUAAACAGCGAGAAGCCGGUGGACGUCUCCUCCGAUCUCAUCGACGCGAAAAUACAUAUGCGCAUUAAAGACUACCGCGGCUUACCUGAAGGCUCCCCCAAAACAUCUCCUUACUUCUCGACCCCCCAACAUCCUUACGACCGCUACUCGAUCUCCUUCUCCUUCACCCCCAAACAAGACAUCGCAGGCGACAAACUCGUCUUCGGAAACGACUUUGACCACCCCAUACGCGAUCGCCUACCCCCUUUGUUUGACAAGGCGUUUGGAAUAGUCAAGUGGUGGAUCGACCCAGGUCUCGAUGGCGAUGUAUACGCCGACGAGCCGUACCUAUACGGCGCGCUGCUAUCUUCGAUAAAUGUGCUCAGGAUUGGCAGCAAGGCAGACGGAGAGAAGCCUAGUGGGGACGACCUAGAGGGCGAAGCGCAGACACAGGGGGAUGUUGAAGUGCCUGGAUCAGAUGGCGAAGCUAUCGUCUACGAAGAGGGUGCAGACGGGGACGGAGUCGAAGUCAGGAAAGAAAAGCGGGUACCGGAUAAAUCUGGAGCGAGGCAAAAGUUCUUCCUUACGGAGCAAAAUCGAAAGGAUUUUGUGUUCGAGGCGGGGAGGGAAUACAAGUGCGACUUCUUCAAUCCAUACCUUGACUUCAAUGAGUUUGCGCUGAAGAUUGGGUAUGGGUUGCCUAAUAUCAGUAUGAUUGGGCAUUGGGAUGGACAGCCCCUGCGAUAUGUGCUCAAGAAUCGGGAAACCAACCAAGAGCUCUUUGUUGUAGUGAUCGAGCUGCUGCCUACUGAGCAGGCGAGGAAAGAAGGUGCGGAGGAUCCCAAGGAGAAGUUUGAGCAAAGGAAGCUCGGGCCUCCGAACUUCGGCGUAAGCUGCGGCAACACCAAAAAUUCCAGGGCGGAGCAACCCGCACCGCACCACAGCUUCAACAUGGCCGCACGCACUCUGAGGAUAGGCCUCAUCCCAGGCGACGGCAUCGGCCGCGAAGUAAUCCCCGCGGGCCGCCGCAUCCUCGAAGCCCUGCCUUCUUCGUUCGGCCUCAAGUUCUCCUUCUCGCACCACGAGGCUGGCUGGGAAACGUUUCAGAAGACGGGCGCCGCCCUGCCCGACAAGACGGUUGAGGCGCUCAAGUCCGACUGCGAUGGCGCCCUCUUCGGAGCCGUCAGCUCGCCCACUGUGCAAACCAAAGGCUACUCCAGCCCGAUCGUCGCACUGAGAAAGCGCAUGGGCCUGUACGCCAACGUCCGUCCUGUGAAGAGUGUGAGGGGCGCAGCGAGGAGUGUAGACCUGGUGAUUGUGAGGGAGAACACCGAGGAUCUUUACGUCAAAGAAGAAAAGACGUACGCGGCGCCCGACGGCUCCAAGAUUGCAGAGGCAAUCAAGCGCAUCUCGGAAACAGCAUCCUUCAACAUUAGUGCCAUGGCCGGCGACAUCGCGCUCCGCCGCCAGCGCGUCCGCGAUGCGGGUGCAAGCUCCAUUCACAACUCGCCGCUCGUAACCAUCACACACAAGUCCAACGUGCUUUCGCAGACCGACGGCCUCUUCCGCGAGACAGCCCGCCGCGCACUCCAAGACGCCAAGUACGGUCUCGUCGGCGUAGAAGAGCAAAUCGUAGACUCCAUGGUGUACAAGCUCUUCCGCCAGCCUCAGGACUACGACGUCAUCGUCGCGCCCAACCUAUACGGUGACAUUCUCUCCGACGGCGCGGCGGCUCUCGUUGGCUCCCUUGGCCUGGUUCCUUCUGCGAACGUUGGCAAGGACUUCGUCAUCGGAGAGCCAUGCCACGGUUCCGCACCAGAUAUCGAGGGCCAGGGCAUCGCGAACCCUAUUGCGACGAUCCGGUCUACGGCGUUGAUGCUGGAGUUCAUCGGUGAGGAAGAGGCGGCGGCGGCUGUGUACAAGGCAGUGGACGCCAACCUCGAGGAGGCAAAGCUAUUGAGCCCGGAUAUGGGUGGCAAAGCCAAGACGGAGGAGAUUAUUGAGGAUAUCUGCAAGAGGUUGUAG